AUGCCAUCACAGAUAUUGUCCAAUUUGGAGGAAUACGAGCUGGCGGUUGACCAAAACUUUGGUCUCGGCCAGCUCUUUUACAACCAGGUGAAAGGAAAACAUGCCUCAACCGCUGUCAUUGAUGGAGACUUAAGAAUCACUUAUGGAGAGUUGCAUUCAAAUGCACUUCUCAUUGCUCGGUCUCUGAAAGAAGAGCAGAUCAAAUUAGAGGAGCCGGUGGGCAUUGUUGUCCAACAUGGCAUCGCAGACGUGAUUGCCCAAAUGGCGAUCAUAUAUGCCGGUGGCAGCUGUGUGCCAAUGGAUCCAACUCUGCCAGAUAUUCUGAUUCAGACUCGACUGGAUAAGCUUAACGCAAGAUGCAUACUGGUCGAUGGCCCCAACAAAGAUCGAAACCUCAAAUUUCGCCGCUUCGAUGUCAGCAGCAAAGCACCCGGGAGAUUCAAAGAAUCAUGGCUAUGCUGGUCAGAAGCACCAUUGCCAACAACACUCGAGCAUCGGACCCAUUUGAUCCACACCUCAGGGACAACUAGCGAGCCAAAGGCAGUGCAAAUUGUGGCUCGCUCCAUCCUGCAAAUUGUGUAUCAUGCGCCCUUUGAAGCGGUCAAGGAGACCGAUACAGUGGCCCACGUUAACAACACCAGUUUUGACGUUGCACUGUUUGAUAUAUGGGUACCGCUCUUACGUGGUGCACGCAUUGCAGUGUUGAGCAAAGCCACACUCCUCGAUUUGCCGGCGAUGGCGACCGCCAUAGAUCAUAUGGGGAUCAGCAUCAUGGCAACCACUACCGCUUUGCUGAACCUUGCAGCCACGACAUAUCCACGUGCAUUUGCGCAAUUGAAGACGUGUUUCAUUGGCGGCGAAGCAGCGAAUGUGGCGGCACUCGAGACAAUUCUGAGUCAAGGUCCACCCCACCAGCUGAUAAAUGCCUAUGGUCCCACUGAGUGUUGCAUUUUUUGCUUGGCACACAAAGUUACUCUUGACGACACCUCUAGCGGGGUUAUCAGUAUCGGGAAGCCAGUAGGCAAAACAGUCGUGCGUAUCUGUGAUGAGAAUGGCAGUUCAGUCCCAGACGGCGAGGAAGGUGAACUUUGGAUUGCUGGCGCAGGUGUAUCACCUGGUUAUGUAGACCAGCCCAAGAAGAAUGCAACCUGUUUCGUUACUCUUGGAGAGGGAGAGGAGGUGCAGCGAUUCUAUCGCACCGGUGACAGAGUACGACGGAGGAUCAGCAAUAACCAGAUUGAUUAUCUUGGACGUCAGGAUCACCAGGUCAAGGUCCGCGGCUAUCGAAUUGAGCUUGAAGCAGUCGAGGCAGCCAUAUUGAAGACUCGUCAAUUUUCAGAGGUCGCCGCAUUGAAGGUCGAGGCCGGCGAGGGGGCUGGGUCGGUUCUAGUCGCUUUCGCAGUGUCGGCUUCCUCAAAUCAUCAGGCUGUCGCGGAGGCAACGAAGUCACUCAAGGCAACACUGCCAGCGUACAUGAUACCGCAGAUUGAACUGGUCUCACAACUGCCUCUCAAUAGCCAUGGCAAGGUUGACCGAAAGAACCUCUCCCAACUUUACCGCAAGCGGUGGGCAGAUCAUGCAACUCCCAACUCUCACAAAAGUAACGCUCAAGCAGGUACGACUCAACAACGAUUAACCAGAGUAUGGCAAGACAUCCUGGGCUUCUCCUCUGUACCUAUUGAUACAGAUCCCGACUUCUUUCACCUUGGCGCCACGUCUUUGCAGGCCUCUCUCCUGAUCAGCCGUAUUCGUCAAGUUUUCAACGCGGACAUCUCACUCUUGACGUUGUAUGACAAUUCUACACUCGGCCGGUUGGCUAUUGUGAUUGAAGAAGGACUCGGUUGCAAUGGGGCGAAAUAUGAAACCGUCCGCCACGAACAGUCGAUUUGGGUUGAAGACACCAAAGUCGCCGACGAUCUCGUUCCACCCUCAGGGCCGGUGAUUGAUUGGCGCCGUAAUACAGAAGGACGUGUGUUUUUCACCGGGGCCACGGGAUUUGUCGGCGCGUUCAUGGUAGCAGACCUCCUUCGCAUGCGGGAGUUGCAUCAAGUGGGAUGUUUGGUACGUGCUGCCGAUGUAGACUCGGGGCUCGAGCGCAUCAAGAGCGCAAUGAUCCAAUACGGCCAGUGGGAAGAGCGAUUCCUCGAUAAAAUAUUGGUGCUUUGUGGGUCAUUGGAAGACAUCUAUCUUGGGCUUGGAUAUGAACGUUUCCAUGAGAUUGCCAGGUGGGCAAGCGUGAUUUUCCACCUGGGAGCCCGUGUCAAUUACACGCAGCCUUAUUCAAUGCAUCGCCCUGCAAACGUCGUUGGUACCAGAAACAUACUGCGGUUGGCAUGUGCAGGGCGUAACAAAGCUUUGCACUAUGUCUCCAGCAUUUCAUGUUUCGGUCCAACCGGGUUUGUGACAGGCACUCAGACUAUCGUCGAAGACGAACCACUCCUGAAACACAUUGCGGCGCUCCCAUACGACCACGGCUAUGCCCAAAGUCAAUGGGUUGUGGAAGGACUUCUGAGACGAGUGAUGGACCGCAACUUUCCCGUUGCUAUCUACCGCCCAGGCUUCAUCACAGGGCAUAGUCGCACAGGCGCGUGUAAUUCGGACGACUUCUUCAGUCGAUUGAUACACUCUUGCACCGAAAUGGGAUAUUAUCCGUUACUGCCCAAUCAACGCAAGGAAUUCGUCCCCGUGGACUAUGUCAAUGCCACCAUUCUGCAUAUUGCUGGAUCACCGGCGAGUUCGUCUUUGGGUCAUGCCUAUCACAUCGUACCUCCUAAUCGUGCAGUCUCGAUUGACAUGAAUGAUACUAUGGAGUUGGUAGGUAUGGUCUCGGGCGGCAAAGAAACUUUGAGGGGAUUGCCCUACUCGGAGUGGAUUGAGCUGUUGAGCAAGAAGGUUCCAGAGCGGCUGCAGCCACUCCAGCCAAUGUUGGCGGAAAGAGCGCAAGGGGCUUUGACUCGGUGGGAGCUGUACGAGAACAUGCCGCAGUACGACACCACAAAUACCGCCCAGGCUCUGGAAAGUUACCCAGGUGGUCUUCAGUUUCCUGAGUUGGAUGAAACCCUGAUGGGGAAGUAUCUUGGAUACCUUCUGGCUGCCGGGUCCACGGUUGUGUGA